UGUCCCCCCCCCCCAUCUCACCUUGUCCCCCGUGUCCCCUCCCAGUGCUCUGCCGCCUCUUCACCGUGGGCCACCUCAUGGAACCAGUGUCCAAAACAGUCAUCGUGGAGGUCAAGACACCCGACAACGUCAUCAUCAAGCAAAUCCCCGUGUCCUCCCCCAUGAAAACCGGCAUCCUGUCCAUCAACCACAACCUGCCCGAGGUCGUCAGCCUGGGCAUGUGGACGAUCACGGCCAGGUUCGAGGAUUCGCCGGAGCAGGUUUUCAGCACCCAGUUUGAGGUCAAGGAGUACGUUCUGCCCAGCUUUGAGGUGGUCCUGACCCCGGAGGAGAAGUUCCUCUACAUCGACCGGCAGGAGGAUUUCCGGGUGACCAUCUCGGCCAGGUACCUGUAUGGGAAACACGUCUACGGAACAGCCUUUGCCCUCUUUGGGGUCCUGGUGAACAACGAGAGGAGGAGCAUCCCCGAGUCCCUGAAGCGCAUUCCGGUGAUCGAAGGGAACGGCGAGGCCGUGCUGACCAUGGACUCGCUGCGGCAGCGCUUCCGCAACUCGGAGGAGCUGGUGGGACACACCCUCUACGUGACCGUCACCGUCAUCACAGAGUCAGGCAGUGACAUGGUGGAGGCCCAGCGCGAGGGCAUCCACAUCGUGACGUCCCCCUACACCAUCCACUUCACGCACACCCCCAAGUACUUCAAACCCGGCAUUUCCUUCGACCUCCAGGUCUACGUCACCAACCCGGACGGGUCUCCGGCCCCGCGUGUCACCGUCCGCACCGUCGAGUACCCGAGCGAGGUGUCCACCCAACAGGACGGCACCGCCCAGCUCGUGGUCAACAUGCCGACCAACCAGGACAGCGUCUCCAUCACCGUGCGGACAGCGCAGAAGGACCUGCCCGAGAAGCGCCAGGCGUCGCGGCAGAUGACGGCCCAGGCCUACCGCAGCCAGGACGGCUCCGGGAACUUCCUGCACAUGGCCGUGCAGGCCACGGAGCUGAAGGUCGGGGGGAGCGUGCCCGUCAGCUUCCACCUCAAGAGCAACAGCGAUGCCGUCCGCAACAGCGUCAAGUACUUCACCUACCUGAUCAUGAGCAGGGGCCACAUCGUCCGCGCCGGGCGGCAGCCCUACGAGGCCGGGCAGAGCCUGGUCACCAUGACCCUGAGGGUGACGGCCGACCUGCUGCCCUCCUUCCGCAUCGUGGGCUAUUACCACGUCCUGCCCGGGGAGAUCGUGGCCGACUCCAUUUGGGUGGACGUCAAGGACACCUGCAUGGGCACCCUGGUGGUGAAGGGGGCGUCGGAGGCCGACAGUCAGGUGCACCGGCCAGGGAGCCCCAUGAGGCUGCGCAUCGAGGGCGACUACAAGGCCCACGUGGGGCUGGUGGCCGUGGACAAGGGGGUCUUCGUCCUCAACAAGAAGAACAAGCUCACCCAGACCAGGGUUUGGGACACGGUGGAGAAGAGUGACAUCGGCUGCACCGCGGGCAGCGGGAGGGACAACGUGGGGGUCUUCGCCGACGCCGGGCUGAGCUUGACCACCAGCGUGAAGAUCACGACCCCACAGCGGUCGGAGGUGCAGUGUCCCCAGGAGGCCAAGCGCAGGCGCCGCUCGCUGCAGCUCGUGGAGUACAAAGGCACCAAGGCAUCCGAGUACCAGGACAAGCAGCUGCGGAGGUGCUGCGAGGACGGGAUGCGGGACAUCCCGAUGGAUCACAGCUGCGAGCAGAGGAGCUCCUACAUCCAGGAGGGCGAGUCCUGCGUCCGGGCCUUCCUCGACUGCUGCAAGUACAUCGAGGACAUCCGCAGGGAGAAGCGGCGCCAGCAGACCACGUUCCAGCUGGCACGAAGCGAGAAGGACGUCGUGUUCAUGAGUGACGACGAGAUCAUCACGCGGAGCCACUUCCCGGAGAGUUGGCUGUGGCAGCUGGAGCACCUGACAGAGAAGCCUGACGGGCUGGGGGUGUCAGCCAAGACCGUGCCCGUGUACCUGAAGGACUCCAUCACCACCUGGGAGGUCCUGGCCGUCAGCCUCUCGCCCGACAAGGGGCUGUGCGUGGCCGACCCCUACGAGAUCACGGUGAUGAAGGACUUCUUCAUCGACCUGCGCCUGCCCUACUCGGUGGUGAGGAACGAGCAGGUGGAGAUCCGGGCCAUCCUCUACAACUACAACCUGGAGGAGAUCACCGUGCGGGUGGAGCUGGUGCACAACCCCGCCCUGUGCGGCCCCUCCACGUCCAAGAAGCGCUUCCAGCAGAUCCUGCGCAUCAAGGCCGAGUCCUCCCGCACCGUGUCCUUCGUGCUGGUGCCCCUGGAGCUGGGGCUGCACGACGUCGAGGUCAAGGCGGCCGUCAGGGACAAGUACGUGUCCGACGGAGUCAAGAAGAAGCUCAGGGUGGUGCCCGAGGGGAUGAGGCUGGAGAAGACGGUGAAGAUCAUCGAGCUGGACCCACAGCACAAGGGAGUCAAGGGGGUGCAGGAGGAGAAGGUGAAGGCGGCGGAUCUCUCCGACAUCGUCCCCAACACCGAGUCGGAGACCAAAGUCAGCAUCCAGGGGAACCCCGUGUCCGUCCUGGUGGAGAAGGCCAUCGACGGCAGCAAGCUGAAGCACCUGAUCGUGGUCCCCUCGGGCUGUGGGGAGCAGAACAUGAUCUCCCUGACCCCCACGGUCAUCGCCGUCCACUACCUGGACAACACCCUGCAGUGGGAGAACCUGGGGCUCGACCGCAGGACCGAGGCCAUCGAGAUCAUCAAAAAGGGUUACGUCCAACAAUUGGCCUACAGGAAACCCGACAACUCCUUCGCCGCCUUCCUCAACCGCAAGUCGAGCACCUGGCUGACGGCCUACGUGGCCAAAGUGUUCGCCAUGGCCAGCAAACUGAUCAGCAUCGAGCACGAGGUCGUCUGCGGGGCCAUCAAGUGGCUCAUCCUCAACCAGCAGAAGCCGGACGGGGUCUUCCAGGAGGAUGGUCCCGUCAUCCACGACGAGAUGCUGGGGGGCUACGUGGGGGCCGAGCCCGAGGUGUCCCUCACCGCCUUCGUGCUGGUGGCGCUGGAGGAGGCGCGGGAGGUCUGCAAGGGCCACGUGCAGAACCUGGACACGAGCAUCAACAAGGCCGCCGACUUCCUGGCCCGGCGCUACGAGCGGCUGGCCCGGCCCUACACGGUGGCCCUGAGCUCCUACGCGCUGGCCCUGGCCGGGAAGCUCAAGAGCGAGAAGGUCCUCAUGAAGUUCUCCAAAGGUGGGAGGAGCUGGGAGGAGCGGAACGCCCGGACCUACAACAUCGAGGGCACGUCCUACGCGCUGCUGGCCCUGCUGCAGAUGAAGAAGCUGGAGCUGGCGGGCCCCGUGGCCCGGUGGCUCGCCCAGCAGAACUACUUUGGGGGCGGCUACGGCUCCACCCAGGCCACCAUCAUGGUGUUCCAGGCGCUGGCCCAGUACCAGCUGGACGCUCAGAAGGGGCCGGAGCUCAGCCUGGACGUGUCGGUGCUGCUGCCGCGCCGCGCCAGCCCCAUCAAGUACCGCAUCGACAACAGCAACGCCCUGGUGGCACGGUCUGCUGAGGUACCCUGGCACCCGGCACCCUGUCACCUGGUCACCUGUCACUUAGCACCCUGUCAACCUGCCACCUGUCACCUGGUCACCUGUCACUUAGCACCCUGUCACCUGUCACCUGUCAUCCUGUCACCUGUGGGGCAGCCUGAGGACCCUGGGGACAUUGGGGAUGUUGGGGACAUUGGGGAUGUUGGGGACGUUGGGGACCGUAGGGAUGUUGGGGACGCUGGGGACAUCAGGUACCUGGGUAAGGCGGAUGCCACCAUGUCCAUCCUGGACGUGUCCAUGCUGACCGGCUUCACCCCCGACCUCCAGGACCUCAAGAGGGUGAGUGUGGGGACACGGGGACGUGUGGGGACACGAGGGGGACAUGGGGACACAUGGAGGGGGAACACCAGGGGGAUGCUGUGUCUUU